AUGUUCAAGCUAUCGAAAAUCUUAUCGAGUGGCAGGUAUAGCGAUCUGACAUUAACCUGUGAUGGGCAAAAAUUCAACGUUCAUAAAGCUAUCGUGUGCUCUCAGUCACCAGUCCUUGCUGCAGCUUGCAAUGGGAAUUUCCAAGAAAGCAUCACAAACACUAUUCAUGUAAAGUUUAAGUCUGAGACAGUGAACCAAAUGGUCGAGUUUUUAUACAAUCAAGACUAUACAGCAGAUAAAAGCCAUGCUACCACCCACGCCGCAAAUGUGCUUCUACAACAUGUGCGUGUUAACGCCAUUGCCGAUUACUACAGAAUCACUCCGCUAUGCCAUCUAGCCACUUUGAAGCUCCGUGCGGCCUUUCAGUCCAAAUGGUCGACAGAAACGUUUUCCGCCGUGGUGCAAGAGGCAGUCGGUAUUACCGGGGACUUAUCUCUCCAAGAUAUGCUGGCAUCGACAGCAGCUGGUCAUAUCGAAGAGCUCUUGUCUUCAGAGACGUUUAUUAAUCUGGAGACUUUGCAUGGUCUUCCGAUCAGUAUUCUCCAAGCAGUCCUUGCAAGCCAUCAGGGCCGACUAGAGACUCUUGGCAAUGAGAUACGGGAGUUGUCUUUGGAGAUAGGUGCUAAAGAGCAUCUAAUUAAAACCCUUCGGGCUCGACAAGACUCUGAAACUGCAAGAGCCAAUCGAGUGAUCCAAAAUAUAAAUCACUGCAUUUCCACUUUGAACCGAACGCAAUUUUGUGAGCGCUGCCAUGGUGAUGUUGGCUGCUAUAUUACACGCACGGGUACAGGGAGUGAUAAGGCCCUCAAUAUCUGGAUUGUUAAAGAAUAG